CAAACCGCAAGGUCAGGAGAGGGUUACUGUGAGUCUGGACAUCAACAGUGAAACACCAACAUUUAAUAUCGUAGUCAAAGAAGAAGAAGAAGACUGGGAACUAGAUAAUACAGGAGAGAGUCCCAGCCAUCACUCUGAAGCUGGGGAGAGACCCUCUACAUCAGGAGAACCUGAGUCUGACUCAGUCUCACUGACUAUAUCUGUCCUGUCUCAUCCCCACAGGAGAGAGUCCCAGCCAUCACUCUGAAGCUGGGGAGAGACCCUCUACAUCAGGAGAACCUGAGUCUGACUCAGUCUCACUGACUAUCUGUCCUGUCUCAUCCCCACAGGAGAGAGUCCCAGCCAUCACUCUGCAGCCAGGGAGAGACCCUCUACAUCAGGAGAACCUGAGUCUGACUCAGUCUCACUGACUAUAUCUGUCCUGUCUCAUCCCCACAGGAGAGAGUCCCAGCCAUCACUCUGAAGCUGGAGAGAGACCCUCUACAUCAGGAGAACCUGAGUCUGACUCAGUCUCACUGACUAUAUCUGUCCUGUCUCAUCCCCACAGGAGAGAGUCCCAGCCAUCACUCUGAAGCUGGGGAGAGACCCUCUACAUCAGGAGAACCUGAGUCUGACUCAGUCUCACUGACUAUCUGUCCUGUCUCAUCCCCACAGGAGAGAGUCCCAGCCAUCACUCUGCAGCCGGGGAGAGGCCCUCUACAUCAGGAGAACCUGAACAACACCAGAUGAAACGCAGAACGAGGCAGAAAAAGACCCACCUAUGCCCAGAUUGUGGGAAACACUGCCAGACAUUAUCGGCACUACAAAUACACCAGCGAACCCACACAGGAGAGAAGCCUUACGCUUGCUUUGUGUGUAAGAAAACAUUCAUUAUUAGACAAGCUUUGAAAACACACCAGCGAACACACACAGGAGAGAAGCCUUAUACCUGCUCUGAGUGUGGGAAGGGCUUCGCUCAUCAAUGUAGUUUGAGAUACCAUCAAAAGAGGAAUUCUGAACAGAUUAAAACAGACCCGAAUGAGAAGAUGACCUGCUGCUGUGGACAAGAGUUCUCCUCAAAGUGCGUUCUGGAGGUUCACUUGAAGACAGACACGGGAGCCAAGCCUUACACCUGUUGUGUGUGUGGCAAGAGGUUCAAUAAAGAAUCAUUAAAAGAACACCAGCGAUCCCACACAGGAGAGAUGCCUUACUCUUGCUCUUUCUGUGGCAAGGGUUACUAUCACAAACCGGCUUGGAAAGCCCACGAGCGAACGCACACCGAGGAGAAGCCCCUGUGCUCCGUGUGCGGACGGACCUGCUCUAGUAAGUAUACGUUAAAAGUCCACGAGCGAACACACACAGGAGAGAUGCCUUUCCUCUGCUCUGAGUGUGGCAAGGGCUUCAUCAGUAAAGGACUCCUGAUGACCCACGAGCGAUUCAACUGUUCCGGGGGAGAAGAACGACGGCGAGCGAAGAGGUUUCACAAGUGUCCGGACUGUGGGAAGGAGUUCACACAAGCAAACAAACUGGAGAGACACAUGAGAACACAUACAGGAGAGAGGCCUUACCAGUGCUCUGUGUGUGGGAUGAGGUUCAACCAGAAAGGGAAUCUCAAAACGCAUUUUAAAGUGCACACGGGCAGGGAUCCCAGUUUGCUGCCUGACAUGGACAUGAGGACGACUUCUUCAGAAGCAGCGAAACAGCCUCUGGACAACAGACAUAAUGUUGGGAAACCACAACAAUUUCUGAAUCAGAUUGGCGAGGGAACCCACAACCUUCCGGCACCACAAACCCACAACCUUCCGGCACCACAAACCCACAACCUACCGGCACCACAAACCUACAACCUACCGGCACCACAAACCCACAACCAACGGGCACCACAAACCCACAACCAUCCGGCACCACAAACCCACAACCUUCCGGCACCACAAACCUACAACCCACCGGCACCACAAACCCACAACCUACCGGCACCACAAACCCACAACCUACCGGCACCACAAACCCACAACCAACGGGCACCACAAACCCACAACCUACCGGCACCACAAACCCACAACCUUCCGGCACCACAAACCCACAACCUACCGGCACCACAAACCCACAACCUACCGGCACCACAAACCCACAACCUACCGGCACCACAAACCCACAACCUACCGGCACCACAAACCCACAACCUACCGGCACCACAAACCUACAACCAUUCGGCACCACAACCCCACAACCUCCCGGCACCACAAACCCACCACCUCCCGGGACCACAAACCCACCACCUCCCGGCACCACAAACCCACCAAAUCCCGGCACUACAAACCCACAACCUACCGGCACCACAAACCCACAACCUCCCGGCAGCGCAGAGGGAGGGAAGCCACCACCUCUCUGCAGCGCAGAGGGAGGGAAGCCACCACCUCCCGGCACCACAGAAACCCACCAUGUCCCCCAGGGGAGAAAAACACUAUCUCUGCCCUGAAUGUGGCAAGACUUACACCCGGGAAUACGACCUCCGAGUCCACCUCAGAACGCACACAGGAGAGAGACCGUACCAGUGUUAUGACUGCGGGAAGGCCUACGUCCGGAAAAACAAUCUCCAACAACACCGGCGGUCACAUGCUCCCAAGCCCAUAGGACCGACCCGCCAUUUAGGCAGACCACCCAGGGUGGGCUCUAGUAGUGGAAGGUCCAACCAGUCACCCAGGGUGGGCUCUAGUAGUGGAAGGUCCAACCAACCACCCAGGGUAGGAAGAGCUAAGCAAAAAAUGCAUACAUCAAUGUAAAUAUGAGAGACUCAUGCCCUUACCGCAGAUGGAGAGAGGACACUGGCAGUGCUGGCACCUUUAAACACGGGGCUGGGUCCAUAUCAACAUCCCAAAUGGCACCCUAUUCCCUAUAUAGUGCACUACUUUUGACCAAGGCCCAUAUGGGAACCUUUUAAGGGCUCUGCUGAAAUGCAGUGCACUAUAUAGGGAAUAGGGUGCUAUUUUGGACACUCACAAUGCCUCUUAUGACUACAGAAUCGUUAUUCUUUCUGGUGUGUGCGCGCGCGUCUGUAUGCACGCAUGUAUUUGUGUGUGUGUGUUGUUGUGAUCAGUACAAUACAGUCCACUGUGCUGUGUAAGAUAAUCAUACUAUGUAAUCCUGUGCAUUGUAUUUCUUGUUUAUUUUAUAUAUCUUAUUUUACUUAUUGAAGCUAUCAUGAUACUAAGAAAUGUCAUAUAACGCCAUGGUCCAAUAAAUGAACAUUUGGGGAAAAAACAUCUCUCCUUUAUUACACCUUAUCCAGGGCACGAUACACCGACGUCACAGAUGCGCGACUCUUUCGGGUGGCAGUAAGGAAGCCAUCGCGCGAUCUGCCCU